CCCGCGCGGGGCCGAAGGGCCGCAGGGCCGUGGCCGCAGGGAGUCGAGCACGCGUCGCCGUGCGCCUUGCGUGCGCCUUGCUUGCCGUCCUGAAGGUCGCCGAGUGUCACGGACGAGGAUCGCCGCGGACGCCGCGCACGUCGCCGACGACGACGACGUCACCAUGGAGUGACGUGGUGCCAUGGCAGCGAAAGUGAUAGUGCAGUGUGUGAUUGUGUGAUGUGCUAGUGCCGUGUCGCGGGCUCGACCCGCCCCCCAGCGCCACCAUUAUCCUGCCUCUGUCGCACCCCCAGGCUGUGUGCCCGAGCCAGGGGCCAAGCCAGGGGUUGAGCCUCCCCCAAGGGUUGAACCCCAACACCGGGGCCCCGGCCCAGGGGCUCCAGCAGGACACGUUGGACUUCUCCAGGAGCAUGGCCAUGGUCGGCGUGGGCCCGCCGGCCGCGCCAUGGCGGGACGCCUCCAUGCUCCACGUGGGCGGCGUGGGCGGCGUCGGCGGCCACCCGGGGCUGCUCGGCGGCCACGUCACGCCGCCCUCCACCGACGACAUCACCAACCUCGGCGUGGUGCACUCGGCCGGGCGCUCCGAGCUGCAGCAGCGGGCUGACUUGCAGCAGAGCACCACGCCGGGCUCGCAGGCCAACUCGACGCAGAGCGGCGGCUCGAGCAACGAAAAGAACCAGAACAUUGAGUGCAUCGUGUGCGGGGACAAGUCUAGCGGCAAGCACUAUGGACAGUUCACGUGUGAAGGGUGUAAAAGUUUCUUCAAGAGGAGUGUGCGGAGGAAUCUCACGUACUCGUGCCGGGGGAACAGGAACUGUCCGAUAGACCAGCAUCACAGAAACCAGUGCCAAUACUGCAGACUCAAGAAAUGUUUAAAGAUGGGCAUGCGGAAAGAAGUUAUGAAGUUGCCAACGUUUUCCCAGAAUACCGCGGUGCAGAGAGGCCGGGUCCCCCCGACGCAGGCGACGGGGCUGACCGGGCAGUACGCGCUGUCCAACGGGGACGCGGCGGCCGUGGCGGCGGCGGCGGGCCUCAACGGCCACACGUACCUGUCCUCGUACAUCUCGCUGCUGCUGCGGGCAGAGCCCUACCCGGCGGCUCGCUACGGCCAGUGCAUGCAGCCCAACAACAUCAUGGGCAUAGACAACAUCUGCGAGCUCGCGGCCAGACUCCUCUUCUCGGCCGUCGAGUGGGCCAGAAAUAUACCCUACUUCCCUGACCUCCAGGUGACGGACCAGGUCGCCUUAUUACGGCUAGUGUGGUCGGAGUUGUUCGUCCUGAACGCGUCGCAGUGCUCCAUGCCGCUGCACGUGGCGCCCCUGCUGGCCGCGGCGGGGCUGCACGCCUCCCCCAUGGCGGCGGACAGGGUGGUGGCCUUCAUGGACCACAUCAGGAUCUUCCAGGAGCAGGUGGAGAAGCUCAAGGCGUUACACGUCGACUCGGCCGAGUACUCCUGCUUAAAAGCCGUCGUCCUCUUCACCACAGACGCGUGCGGGCUGUCGGACGUGGCGCACAUCGAGAGCCUGCAGGAGAAGUCGCAGUGCGCGCUCGAGGAGUACUGCCGCACGCAGUACCCCAACCAGCCCACCAGGUUCGGCAAGCUUCUGCUGCGCCUGCCGUCGCUGCGGACAGUGUCCUCGCAGGUGAUAGAGCAGCUGUUCUUCGUGCGCCUGGUGGGCAAGACACCCAUCGAGACCCUCAUCCGCGACAUGCUGCUGUCCGGGUCGUCCUUCAACUGGCCCUACAUGGGCUCCAUGUGACACAACGUUUGGCGACAGCUCGCCGUGCAGUAGAUGUACUCCCCGACCGAGGGGCUGCCUCCGUGCCAUGCGCUGCGCGGAGCUACCCCGCGGCCGAGGGACUCCACGUGUCUCGUCGCCACCCUCCCCUUCCGUCGGUGGAGAUACCCCUCGCGAGGGGCUCCAGGGACCCGGGCCUCCGGGCGGCUGGCCUCCCCCUCCGUGGAGGGUAGAGGCUACCGGUGCGGUCGCCACAGUCUCAGCCGACGCUUCCAAAUUUCCCGAAUCGGACCACAAGGGCUUCCCUCAGGCUCACUCUCUCACUCUCGCAGCCACAACUUCUCGCCAUUUUCGUUUUAUGCAGUGCAAGUCUUUCGCUUCGGGGCGCAAGGUCGGCAUAUUCGGGUUGACAGAGUAUUGUCUUGCCGUGUGUGCUGAAGUUGGAGUGGAAGACACUUUCUCGGCCCGGAUAUAGCCCUGCAGGCUCCAAGGGGAAUUCCUGAAUCGAUGUGAUUGAGGGAGUACGAAACCAAAGAGCUACAGAAAAAACGAACCAACAACAUCUGAUUUAGUUUUGAAAUUGCCACUUGGCCUACGGUCCGAUCCCAUUAAUCCUCCGUACUCAGAAAAAAAAUCCUCGUUAAUCAAAGGUGUUUACUCCAUCAUUUCAAGUUCAACUGUGAAAAUUUAAUAUAGUGAAAUCAUUCAUUUUACGUAUGUACAAAAGAUAAGUUAAGCAAAUGUUUUCCCAAUACUGGUCUCCAGAAUAGUGAUUGUUUCUAAUUUAGUUACCAUUCCCUUUUUGUUCAGUUUGAAUUUGUUGUAAAGAAAUUGUAUACUUCUAAUAUGUACAGUUAUAAAUAUUCAUUGUUGAAAAUAUACUUAUCCAAAACCAAUUUGUUCCUAAUGUUAUUGAAGUCCCUGUUUUUGUAAAUUUUAUAUUCGACGCUCUCCCAUUGCAAAUUGUUUCGCGAACUGCCGUGCGAGGAUGCGUCAUGGUCGGAGGUGAAGGGUCAGUGGGUCUUCUGUGCCCUCGCUGUCAUGUCCGAAAGCAGCACUGACGUUUUCCUUUUGCUGUCUUCUCGCGGUGCGCGCAUUGAGAAACGGCGUGUUGUGGUCAAGUGUUGUGUCGAUCGGGCCAAUGUAGUCUUCUCACCUCGUCGGCGACUGUAGGGCGAAAAUAGUUUACUGUCCCCGGUGCGGAUGACAAGGCUAUGUUGGUCCGGUCACGCGAUGUUUUGUGAUGAAUUUAUUUAACCUUAAGUUGUUUUUACCAAAGUAGAGUUCGAUUAUUGCUGACCUGGGGCCGCUACUUGAAAGCCUAUGAUGACCAUCGCUGGUGCAAAAACCUAUCUUCUCCCGCGGUCCCAGGCUUUUACUCCCUAGGAAGGCAAAAUUGAUGUAUAUUUUUGUAUGUGCAUCUCCACCUAGUUAUCACAUGAUAUAUCCAUAACUUUGCUCUCUUGAAAAGACUUGGUCAAAAGUCACUCGCGCCCUGUGAGGUUUUUAGACAAUACCUUUGUUAUUAUGCUGUUUGUGCCAUGCAUACCUCGGCUACUCUUUAUUGGCCCUGUACAAAUUUAUACGUUUUAGGUAACCUUUUUGGUAAAGGGUAGUUGAAGUCUGUUGAGUCAUAUUUCAGAUGCAGGUGGACCGUCUGUGCCUGUUUGAUAAUAAUUGUUCCGCUCAAAUACGAGCGCUAGGAUUUUCCGAUUUUUGUCUCGUCCCGAGUAGAAUUCCGAUUCUUGUUCUUCCCUACGAAGGAAAAGAUAUGUAAAGCCUAUGGAAAGUGUGAUCGCAUUUUGAAGUAGAUUCAACGAACAUAACAAAUGAAGGACAUUGCCGGAACUCCAUGUUGUUAAACUCAGUCAGUGGAAACUCUCACUAGUUAUCUCGUUUUAAUCAUCGUUUGAUUGGUGCGACUUGCAGGUUGUCCUACUUUGUAUAAAUGAAUACAUAGUUAUUUAUAUUGGUAGGCACUUGAGAGCAGAUAUUUUAUUGUGCAUAGUCAUAAACAUGUAAGUUUUGUCCAAAGCUGGGAGGAGUAAGUCUUCGAGAAACCACCGCCAUUGUCUAUCCGGUAUUCACAAAUAGAUUUCUUGUUUGAAAUUCUAGUGGACUCAUUGCCCUCAUUUUGUAUAACGGGAGUGGAAUGUGAAAUAUCUCUAGUGUUUAGUAUUUGUACGAUAUGACAGAUGGAGGAAAUGCAUAUAAAAAGAGAUGACUAUUAAAAAAAUCUAGACAACUUAA